AUGAGGGUGCAAAGCUUGUCUUCCCCGCUCUUGUGGUCCUGGCGUCAAGCUCCCAGCACUCACGACGCCUCCCUCUCGCUCUCCUCCUCUUCAUCGGCUCCUCAGCAACUCUCGCUCUCCCAGCAUGUGGACGGCUUCCGACCUGUCGCGCACUUUCCGAGCGUCAUUCACGAGGAGCUACUGGCGGUGGGAGAGAUCUCUGAUCCGUUUUUGAGGCGUAAUGAGGAGGCCGUGCAAUGGGUCGGCGAAGCAGACUGGAUCUACCGCUGCGACUUCGAGGUCGAGCGGCUGCCGAAGAAGCGCUCGAAAGAGGGCGAGGGCGAGGAGGAGAGGGCUGACUUGGUGUUCGAGGGUCUCGAUACGUUCGCGACGGUGUACUUGAACGGCGACAAGAUCCUCGAGGCCGACAACAUGUUCCGUGAAUGGCGUGUCCCGCUUCGAUGCUCGCAACUCCGCCACGGCCGCAACUUGCUGUACAUCGUCUUUCACUCAGCGUUCCGUCGCGGUCGCGAGCUGCAGAUGCAGAUCCUCGGCCGGAACAAGUCAUGGCCGGCUUGGAACGGCGAUCCUAGUCGGCUGUUCGUGCGAAAGGCGCAGUAUCACUAUGGCUGGGAUUGGGGACCGACGCUCAUGACGGCUGGACCUUGGCGACCUGUGCGGCUCGAGAUCUACCGUUCCCGCAUCGUCGACUUCUACCCUCGAGCGAGCGUCUCAGCCACCCUCGAGCCCACUCUCUCGCUCAGCUGGCAAGUCGCCGACGCGAACGACAACCUCGUCUGCGUGACUCGCCUGCUUUCUCCCAGCGGCGACAUCCUCCGCAAGACCGAUCAUUCAGCGAAUCUUUGCCCCGACGAGCAGCGCGAAUGGCGGUUCGCGGAAGGCGAGGUGGAGCUGUGGUGGCCUGCUGGACUGGGCGAGCAGCCUUUGUAUGAGGUCGGUGUCGAUUUGGUCGACUUGACGACCGGCGAGGUCCUCGAUUCGGUCACGCGCCAUGUCGGCUUCCGUCGACUCCGCGUCGUUCGCAAAUCUCUCCACCCUCCUCAGCCCGGUCACACCUUCCUCUUCGAAGUCAACAACGUCCCCUUCUUCGUCGGCGGCAGCAACUGGAUCCCCAUUGACUCGAUCUUAACGCGGGCGACGAAGGAUCGGUACCGGAAAUGGCUCGACUUGGCGAGGGCGGGCAACCAGAAGAUGGUGCGAGUGUGGGGUGGAGGCAUCUACGAGGACGAGGCGUUCUACAAGCUCUGCGACGAGCUUGGCUUGCUCGUCUGGCAGGACUUUAUGUUCGCCUGCGGAGCGUAUCCGGCGCAGGUCGACGAUUUUCGCGCGAACGUCGAAGCGGAAGUCGAGGCUGUCGUCAAGCGUCUGCGGGCGCACCCUUCGCUCGCCAUCUUUGCCGGCAAUAACGAGGACUACCAGAUCGCAGAAGCGGAAAAGCUCGAGUAUGACCCGAAGGACGAGAAGGGGAACUGGUUGCGCACCAACUUUCCCGCUCGCGAGCUGUACGAACGGGUUUUCCCGCGCAUCGUCAAGGAGCACAGCGAGACGUUCUACUGGCCAGGCAGUCCUUGGGGCGGCAACUCGACCCGGGAUCAAACGGAAGGUGAUGUGCACGUCUGGGACGUCUGGCACGGCAGCCAGCUCCCCUACCAGGAGUACGGCCAGCUAAGCGGUCGCUUCGUCUCCGAGUUCGGCAUGCAAGGCGCGCCCGACAUUCGUACAGUCGACGCCUUCCUCGCCAGCGACACCUCGGAACGCUUCGCGCAGUCGAGGACGAUGGACGCGCAUAACAAAGCCGCUGGUCACGAGCGUCGUCUCGCAACCUACAUCACGGAGAACAUCCGGGCCGGCACCUCGCUCGAAGACUACGUCUACGCUACGCAGUUCGUCCAAGCCGAGGCCGUCUACGACGCGUUCAGUUCGUGGCGUCGCAAGUUCCGCGGCGGCGUCGAAGGUGCCGACUGCGCAGGAGCGCUGGUGUGGCAGCUGAACGAUGUCUGGCCUUGCACGAGCUGGUCGAUUGUCGACUACUACUUACGACCGAAACCUGCCUACUUCACGAUGAAGCGCGCUCUCGCACCGCUCGCCCUCGGCGGACGCCGCUUCACUAGCAAGACCUUCCCUGACCCGACGUCCGCCGACGACUUUGUCGAGAAAACCCAUGUCGAGUUCUGGGUCACCAGCUCCGAACUCGAGCCUCGCGAGGUGGAGAUCAAGGUCGCCGGAUACGAGCUCUCGACCGGGAAACGACUCGCAUCAGGUCGGAUGCUCUACGAGCGGUGGACGCAGGUCAUCGGCCCGAACAAGGCGACCGAGUUGAGGCGCUUCACCAUUUCGAACGACUGGAACGACGCGAAGUCCGCGGUGGUCGUUUUCGGCUGGCUGUGUGACGUUGAGACGGGAGAGACGCUGUCGAGGUUGUCUCUGUGGCCGGAACCGUUCAAGUACCUCACUUUCCCCUCAAAAGCCAACGUCGAUAUCAAGAUCUCCCUCGUCCGGCACGGUCUGGACACCGGCGAGAUCCGCAUCAGCGCCCAGCGGCCGGUCAAAGGCCUCGUCCUCACGCUCGACCCCGAAGCUCAGCUCGACGACAACUUCCUCGACCUGGCGCCAGGAGACGAGCAGGUGGUGAAGGUCAAGGGCCUAGCAAAAGGGACGAAGGUGUCGUGGAGGCACCUCGGCGAUUGA